AUGGAAAAGACGAUGGUGUCCCCCCCGGCAGCUAGUCCCUCCUCAAUAUCCCCGGCCGGCAGCUCUCACCUCGGCAAGCGCCACGAACUCAGCGAGGACGCGCAAGACUCGUCCGGCGCCGGCUACAAUGGGGGAGGCGGCCGCAAGUCCUCCUCAUCCGGCGGCUCGCGGCCCAAGAGGGCCCAGGUCUCGCGCGCCUGCGCCCGCUGCAAGAACCUCCGCCGCGCCUGCAACGAGUACCGCCCGUGCAAGCGCUGCGUCGACGCCGGUCUCGGAGACCAGUGCCUCGGUCUGGCCGGCCCCGUGUCGCUGGCCUGGGUCUCGGACGGCUCCCAGGCCUUUGGCCACGUGCCCCACGAGGCCGUGCAGCGCAUGGCCGACCUGCUGCCGGUGCGCGUCAUGGACUACUGCGUCGACCGCUUCUUCGCGCGCCUGCACCCGACCAUACCGAUCCUGACCCCGGAGUACGUCGCCCAGAUGAAGGUCAUCGCGGGACCCUCGGAGCCAGGGAUGGAGGCCCACUGUCUCCUUACGGCCGUGUGCGCACUGGUGCUGCUCCAGGUCGAGGAGCCGGAGAGCCUGUGGCUGCAAGGGCUGAUCCCGGAGAAGAACGCGCUGCACGGGCGGAUGCUCUUUGAGGAGGCGCUCGCGGCGCACCGGAACUUUGCGCGGCGGUCGAACCCGAGCUUUGAGCAGUGUCUGUUGACGUUUUUCUUGUACGCGUGCCACUCGGCGCUGUUCCACCACAGCCAGGCAUUCUUGUUCCUGCGGGAGGCGACGACGCUUUUCCUGCUACUGAGGAUGAACACCGAGUCCGCGCCGCGGGCGCUGGCGGAUCGGCUGUUUUGGGUGCUGCUCGUCUCGGAGAGGUCGCACGGGAUCCGGUACCGGCGGCCCGUGACGCUGCAGAUCACGGCGGAGUCGCCCUCGAUGGACAACGACCCGACGCUGUCUGGAUUCUGGAGCCUGGCGGCGCUGUUCACCCCGCUGGAUACUUCCUUCAUCGCGUUGUUGAACCAGGAAAAGGUGGCGACGCCGCCGUCGAACGCGGCGUUGACGUACAUUGAGACGGCGGUCAACUCGGCGCUGCGGUCGACCUCGGAUUUAAAGGAUACGCAAAAGUCCAAUCUGAGGGUCACGCAACUGUGGUUGCGGAUUAUCUUGUGGCAGCUCCGGCUUCGGUUCGGGUACCUGGCGGAAGAGUCCGUCCACCCGAGCAUGACGUACCACUUCCCGCUCGAGGUCGCCAAGGACCUGGUACUAUCGACGAGGGACCUGCCCGUCGACAGCAUCAAGGUCCACGGCGUCGGGCUCACGGAGAAGCUGUUUGACAUUGCUUCGGCGGCGGUGGACGUCCUGGCGCGGGUGCCCAUUACGCCGGCGAGUCCGCACAGGAGCAUGGGCGGCACGGGGCCGGAGGAUGACUUGAAUUAUAUGAGACGGCUUAUUACCCGGCUGCCUGGCGGGAAUUCCAUCUACGACGAUUUAUUGGACAAGCAUAUUCAGCAAGCUGUCCCGAACAUGGCGAUUGCGGGCGCGUCCCCACGUCCUCCGCCCUGA